GGGCGAAGCUUGAGUGGCUAUCCGAAUUAUCGUGUUAUAUGAAAAUCCCCAGAAAGCAGUGGAACGCGACCUUUUUUUCAUCAUCACGAUCGCGUGCUCAACAACACAGCCUGUGAACUCCUUGAAGCGCUUCAAAUGUUGCCCAUGCGCAGUGCUUGACAUUUCAAAGUUGCUUCUCCGGUGUUUGAACAGGAAGGCGGACAUGUUGGUCAGGCAGUGGGAGAAAAUCGGGCAUAGUCUAUUUAAAAAAAAAAACACACAUCAAAAGCCGAUGUAUCUAUGUAGAACCAGCACGAUUUUCGUCUGUAUCGGUCAACAUCAAUGGCCGAUGACCAUGUGAUAUUUACUACGAAAGGACAGUAAUGAAAUGUUUUAACAAGACCGUGGUUUAAACUGAUCGAAAUUUGGAAGCAAAGUUUUUUUUUUUUUCUUCUCGCCACUUCUACUUUGCAGCUGUCAGACUCAUUUUACUUUUUUGCAAGGGUCUGGCACUGAUGGACAGGCCUGGAGUAAUGUGGCUAGUUUGCAACGCCGGAUUUAUAUCGCCAGAUUUAAAAAACAAGGUUUAAUUUUUCUAAAUAGAUUUUGGAUGUAUAGUUAUCUUUUUAAAGUCCUGCACAACUCCGCUGCUGCAUCCUGUGGUCGCCGACUAAUCUGUCGUCGAUGCAGUUAUCUUAUUUUGAAUAGUUGAAGUUGUCUUCGUAAUCUGAGCUGGUGAAACAUUUUUCUCUUAAAAUGUGGCUUUUGAAUAUCAAAUGUGUCAUCGUCUGUGAAAAAACGAGAAGAAACACGUUUCUUUGAUUCAAACUGCGGGUUCUACGGAAUUGUAGCUAGCGUGACUUGAGUUCACGCGAAGGGAAGAACAUUGGGCUAGCUAACUAGCCCUAUAGCUAGAUUAAUUCAUUUUAAUUGUAACACCGGCGUGGAACUCUAUUUAACUGCAACAAUGUCUGCUGGAGAAAGUUUGGAGGCUCGUUUUGAGAAAAUCGAUGCCAUGUUGAAGGACCCGAAGUCGGAAAUAAACACGGAUUGCCUUUUGGAUGGCUUGGACGCGUUGGUGUACGACCUUGACUUUCCAGCCCUGAGAAAAAACAAAAGCAUCGACAACUUCUUGAAUAGAUAUAAGGACACCAUCAGUAAGAUCCGGGACUUGCGGAUGAAAGCAGAGGACUAUGAGGUGGUCAAGGUUAUCGGGAGGGGGGCGUUUGGAGAAGUGCAGUUGGUAAGACACAAAGCCACGAUGAAGGUGUAUGCCAUGAAGCUGCUUAGCAAGUUUGAGAUGAUAAAGAGGUCGGACUCUGCUUUCUUCUGGGAGGAGAGGGACAUCAUGGCCUUUGCCAACAGCGCCCUGGUGGUGCAGCUGUUUUAUGCGUUCCAGGAUGACCGUUACCUCUACAUGGUGAUGGAGUACAUGCCCGGCGGAGACCUGGUCAACUUGAUGAGCAACUAUGACGUCCCCGAGAAGUGGGCCCGCUUUUACACUGCCGAGGUGGUGCUGGCUCUGGACGGGAUCCACGCCAUGGGAUUCAUACACAGGGACGUGAAGCCUGAUAACAUGUUGCUAGACAAAGCAGGCCACUUGAAGUUGGCAGACUUUGGGACCUGUAUGAAAAUGAACAAGGACGGUAUGGUCCGAUGCGACACAGCAGUGGGAACACCAGACUACAUUUCGCCAGAGGUACUAAAAUCCCAGGGAGGAGAUGGAUAUUAUGGCCGGGAGUGUGACUGGUGGUCCGUGGGAGUCUUCCUAUAUGAGAUGCUUGUCGGUGACACACCGUUCUACGCUGACUCGUUGGUGGGGACGUACAGUAAGAUCAUGAACCACAAGAACGCACUGACCUUCCCUGAAGACAGCGACAUCUCCAAGGAUGCCAAGAACCUCAUUUGUGCCUUCCUGACUGACAGGGAGGUGCGACUGGGCCGUAACGGGGUGGAUGAGAUCAAGAGGCAUCCUUUCUUCAAGAACGACCAGUGGACAUGGGAGAACAUCCGAGAGACGGCGGCCCCGGUAGUGCCUGAGCUGAGCAGUGACAUCGACACCAGUAACUUUGACGAAAUUGAGGAGGACCGGGGAGACGAGGAGACCUUCCCCAUACCGAAGGCCUUUGUGGGUAACCAGCUGCCCUUUGUGGGGUUCACCUACUAUAGCAGUCACCAGUUCUCCCGGAGCACCAGCACCAAGAGUGUUGACAAACGCAGCAGCUCCACCAAGGAGGACAAGAGCCACCUGGAGAACCUGCAGAAGAGGAUCUACCAGCUGGAGGAGCAGCUACAUAGUGAGAUGCAGCUAAAGGAUGAGAUGGAGCAAAAGUGCAGGACGACAAAUACAAAACUCGACAAGAUCAUGAAAGAGCUGGACGAGGAGGCCAACGUGAGGAAGGGUGUGGAGGCCAGUAUGUCCCUCCUGGAGAAAGACAAGAUGAUGUUCCAGCACCGAGCCACAGAGUACCAAAGAAAGGUCGACCAGGAGGCCGAAAAGAGACGCAACAUGGAGAACGAGGUUUCCACUCUCAAAGAGCAGCUUGAGGUCAUGAGGAAAAUCAGCCAAAACUCUCAGGCCUCAAAUGACAAGAUCCUACAACUGCAGAAGCAGCUGGAGGAGGCCAAUGACCUGCUGAGGGUGGAGUCAGACACGGCGGCUCGGCUGAGAAAGAGCCACACUGAGAUGGCCAAGUCCAUGAGCCAGCUGGAGGGGCUGACCAGCGAGCUGCAGGAGAAGAGCCGCUCGGCCGACGGGGGGAAGGCCCAGCUGGAGAAAGAGCUGCUGCAGCUGCAGAGCACCCUGGACUCUGAGAGGAGGAGCUACAGUCAGGGAUCAGAGGAGAUCCAUGAGCUACAAGCACGAAUGACGGGUCUUCAACAGGACAAUAAGAACUUGAAGCUCAGCCUGUCCAAAGUGGAGACGGAACGCAAGCAGGCCCAGGAGAGGAGCAACAACCUGGAGAAGGAUAAGAACAACCUGGAGAUCGACCUGAACUACAAGCUAAAGACACUGCAGCAGCGUCUGGACCAGGAGCACACAGAACACAGGGUGACGCGGGCCCAGCUCACUGACAAAUACGAGUCCAUUGAGGAGGCCAAGUCGGCUGCCAUGCAUGCGGUGCAGCACAAGGUGUCUGAGGAGAGCGGGGCGCGGAUGCGAGCGGAGAGCAGGGUGGUGGAGGUAGAGAAGCAGUGCUCCAUGCUGGAGUUUGACCUCAAGCAGUCGGUGCAGAAGAUGGAGCAGCUGAUGAAGCAGAAGGAGAGGCUUGAGGACGAGGUGCAGGCUCUGCGGAUCCAUCUGGAGCAGGAGUCCAGUAAGAGGCUGCUGGCCCAGAACGAGCUCAAGAGCCGCUCCCAGGAGGCGGACCGGCUGAAGGGCUCGGAGAAGCAGCUGAAGCAGGAGAUCAACACGGCACUAGAGAACAAGCGCUCUCUCGAGUUCCAGCUAGCACAGCUCACCAAACAAUACAGGGGCAACGAGGGACAGAUGAGGGAACUUCAGGACCAGCUUGAGGCCGAACAGUAUUUCUCAACUCUUUAUAAAACUCAGGUGAAGGAACUGAAGGAAGAGAUCGAGGAGAGGAACCGGCAGGUCCAGGAAACUCACAAGAAGGUGCAUGAGCUGCACAGCGAAAGGGACUCCCUGUCAGCCCAGCUGGAUCUGACAGUGACCAAGGCGGAGUCUGAGCAGCUGGCCAGGGCGCUCCAGGAGGAGCAGUACUUUGAGCUGAGCCAGGAGAACAAAAAGGCCAUGGCCAGACACAAGCAGGAGGGUUCCGAGAGGGAUUCAACCAUCGCACGGCUUGAGGAAUCCAACAAAACCCUGACCAAAGACGUGGAGAACCUCAGUAAGGAGAAGGCCGAGCUGGACCACAAGCUUCGCACUCAGAAGGAAGAGUAUGACUCCCAGAAAGAGGAGAUUACAAACACAAUCAAGGCCAACUAUGAGAAGGUUCUCAGCACAGAGCGCACGCUCAAGACUCAGGCGGUGAACAAACUGGCAGAGAUCAUGAACAGGAAGGACAUGAAGCUUGACACCAAGAAGAAGGGGAGCACGACCGAUCUGAGGAAGAAGGAAAAGGAGAACCGCAAGCUGCAGGUGGAUCUCAACCAGGAGAAGGAAAAGUUCAACCACAUGGCCAUCAAGUACCAGAAGGAGCUCAGCGAGAUGCAGGCGCAACUGUCGGAGGAGUGCACGUACCGCAACGAGCUGCAGAUGCAGCUGGACAGCAAGGAGAGUGACAUUGAGCAGCUCAGGGAGAAGCUCAACGACCUGCAGCUGCGCAUGGACAACUCCAGCGUCAUCAGCCUGCAGACGGAUGAGAUGGACAGCAACAUCGCUGAAUCCAGACUGGAAGGUUGGCUGUCCAUUCCUAAUAAACCUAAUAUCAAACGAUAUGGCUGGAAGAAGCAGUAUGUGGUGGUGAGCAGCAAGAAGAUUCUGUUCUACAACGAUGAACAGGACAAAGAACAGUCCAACCCCUCCAUGGUACUAGAUAUCGACAAACUGUUCCACGUGCGUCCAGUUACCCAGGGUGAUGUGUACCGAGCAGAGACUGAGGAGAUCCCAAGGAUAUUCCAGAUCCUGUAUGCCAACGAGGGGGAGUGCAGGAAGGAGGCGGACAUGGAGACUGUCUCGCAAGGGGACAAGACCAACUGUCUGCCCCACAAAGGUCACGAGUUCAUCCCCACGCUCUACCACUUUCCUUCUAACUGUGAAGCCUGCUCCAAGCCCCUGUGGAAUGUCUUCAAGCCUCCACACGCUUUGGAGUGCCGCCGCUGCCACGUCAAGUGCCACAGGGACCACCUCGACAAGAAGGAGGACGUCAUCGCCCCCUGCAAAGUGAACUACGAUGUGACCUCUGCCCGGGACAUGCUCCUGCUGGCCUUGACACAAGACGAGCAGAAGAAAUGGAUCGGCCACCUGGGCAAGAAGAUCCCCAAAACACCGCCCUCCUCCUUCCUGAGGGCGUCGCCCCGCACCCUGUCCACCCGCUCCGGAACCAACCAGUCCUUUCGCAAGAACCCCAAAAGCAUAACGGGCAAGCCAAGCUAACCAUCUGAACAUUUGGAUUCUAUUGGGACUUUGUAUUUUUUCUUAUCCCCUCCAUUAUCCCUCACGUUAAAGGAGAAUCCUUAUUUUAUGUAACAGUAAAUUAAAUCAAUCUGACCAGGGACGGAAAUUGGGACAAUUAUCUGACACAAGGCAUCAGGGACAUUGAGAAGGCCUGCUAUUUCCCUCACCCCCUCCUCCCCGAUCUUCACCGCGGAGCCUCAACUAAGACUUCCUCACCCAGGCACCACAUACUUGCAACUCUUCGUUUCUUCCAGAAGAUGGCGUGGGCGACUUGGAACCUGAAUGGAAGAUGAAGAGCAAUAGAAAAGGGCUCAUGGUAUGCAGUGGGUAGUACAUAUUCCAUAUCAGUCAUGGGAAGGGAUUCCGGUUGAAUGAAUGACUGCAGGUUUUUCUGGGGCUCUUGCAUGUCAACAUGGAGGUAUUGUAGUACAGGGUUUAGCUUAACUAUGCGGUGAAUGGGUACAUCUCGGGGAUACGGAAAUGUGGUUGUUUUUUCUUCCCUUGUCAGUAACUCUGUUUCCUUCAAUGUACUUUGAUGCCUUUGACUGGUGGCCUUUACGCUUCUAUCCCCUAUUACUCUGCACAUCAGUUAUACCAGGGGUCGGUUGGGACAGAGUAUGUAUUGGGAACUGUGUAUUAGAUGUUUUUGAGUAUUGAGUGAGGAGCAUGCAAGAUCAUUUCAAUCUAUGCAUUAUUAUUUUUAUUAUAAUUAUUGUUAUUGCUCCAAGCCAUAAGGAAAUUCCAUUGUAAUGGCAUAUAGGAGACCUAAAAACUUCAGUUUUUUUUCUGUGUUCAUUGGGUACCUUGUUUUCUGUAAUAUUGUUUUUUUUUUUCAUGUAUUUUUUGUAUGUAUUGCCUUACAUUGACUCAUAGAUAAAUGGUUCAAAAGGAAAACAUUAAGUUAACAAAUGUAAAACUGCACUGUUUGAAUUGUAAAUUAUUUGUAGAAAACUAAACAGGUGUAGCAUUUGGCCCACCUAGUGCCUUAACGUUUGGAUAACAAUUUUACUGCCAUAUCUGUUUGGUCUUGUUUUUGGAGAUAAACAAUCUUAACUCUUACAUCAAUCUUUUUUAAAUAUCUGCCACACUGGUUUUAUCAGAACGUUCCGUCUGGUUUGGGUAUAUCGAAUGCCUCUAUAGACUCAUUGCAAUAGUUUAAUGUGUCAACACAAAGUUCCCAGAGUCCAGUAUGUAUCUCACGAAAGUUUCUGGAUGGUGUACCUUGUUAAAGAUGUUAUAUUAAUAUGGUAUUGUUUCAAGCAAACCCCACUCAGUGUACAAUAUUAGAAAUAAAAUAAGGAUCAUGAAUACCUCAAUUCUAAAUGUUUAAAAAAAACUGUUCAGUAAAAAGAGAAAAGCACUGGAACUAUGAUCUACUCUAUUUUGUCUUGGAUGAAUCACAUGUUUAAUUGCAAUGGAGGCCACACUGAUGGAUAGGUGUCAAUAAACAUAUCUUUAUCAUCUA